AGAACACAUGUUGAUUCUUAUCAAGUUGGUGGGCAGGCAAUCUUUUCUACUCCAUAUAUUGCAUUUAUAUCUGUAAUGAUUAACCCUAAUGGUCUCAGAUCAGCAGUAGAAAGAAGUAGGCCUAAUUAUUUUAGGUGUAAUCUUCAAAGAUAUUAGGGGGAAAUAAACACUGUACCCAAAUCCACGUUUUACAAUGCUCCUGGGAAAUGGGUAGGCCUCCACCUAUAGUCCUUCACAGUUUUACAGCUGUGAUAUAUUUAUUUAUUUACAUAGAUCACAUACAUAAAUAAAUAUGAUAGCUGUAGGUAGCGUUGAGAUAAAAUUCCCAUAUUCUAUUGCUACUAACAUAAAUCCUAAUAUAUCAUGUUUUCCUCAUUUGCUCUGUAGGAGGUUCGUCAUAUGAAGGACAUUCAAGUGGAUGUGACCCCUAACCUGCAAUAGGGGCUCAGUGAGGUGACAGACAUCCUGUAAUGGAUCUCCAGCUAGUGUCUGAGGACCUGGAGAAGGCUGUGUCUACAGCUGUGGGGCAGGACAAGCAUGGGACAGACAUCCUGAACGAAUCUGAUGUCAGAGCUCCCAUCAGCCCUCUACACCUCGCUGCGGUGACUUUUCACGAGGAGUGCAGCACAGUGCCAGCUUCCUGGUUCGGGAAGGUAAGGGGCGGAGCCAUGUCCACCUGGUGGCGGCGUCCGGACACAUCGGGAUACUGGGGUGGCUCCUACACACCGCCCAGUCAGUGUGGACCCUCCCCGUCAUCACAGACAACCAGGGCUACACGCCACUACACUUGGCCUGCUACAACGGAGUCAGAGGUCAGUGGGAAUGACCUCACCCUCAUAGACCUGGGUGACCCCAUCAUUGACGGUGAUGUUAUGAAGGAAGACAGAGAGGUUGAGAGACAGACCAAGUUGGAAGAGGCUGUUCUAGAGACAGAUAUCCCAACUCUGUCACUAGAGGCUGAUGGAGAGAUUGAGAUGCAGGAGGCUGAUCUGAAGACAGAUGGCACAUCUCAGUCACAGGAGGUUGAAGGAGAGAGUGAGUUGGACGAGGCCAUUGUCAUCCCAUCUCAGUCACAGGAGGAGGCCAAAGGAGAGAGUGAGUUGAAUCAGGUUGAUCUGAAGACAUCCACAUCAACUCUGACACUGGAGGUCGAAGGAGAGAGUGAGUUGAAUCAGGUUGAUCUGAAGACAUCCACAUUAACUCUGACACUGGAGGUCGAAGGAGAGAGUGAUUUGAAUCAGGUUGAUCUGAAGACAUCCACAUCAACUCUGACACUGGAGGUCGAAGGAGAGAGUGUGAUGCAGGAGAGUGAUGAUGUAGAAACAGCCGGGCCAUCUCAAUCCCAGGAGACUGAACGAGUGGCAAAGGCUGCAGUGGUGACCUUCACUACCAUGACCCGCAAGGCUGCAGCCUCCCAGACCAGCCUCAGCAGGGGAAAGAGAAGCUACCCAGACCUACACACCUUUGUGCAGGACAUGAAGGAUGGCCAUUGGAAUCUGCUGAGUGAGAAUAUGCGUUCCGGGAUGAGCAGAGAUGAGUUUAGUGCUAGGUGCAUGGAUAUUACAAAUUGGGUAAUGGAGUCUACAUCCACUGUGGUCGUUCCCGCCCUUGACCUCACCAUGCAGAUCAGGCUCUCUGAUUCGUCAAGCUCUUCUGGAUCAGGAAGCAAUGUGGCUAGAGAAGUGACCUCUCUUGGCCGCAGCGUCAGAUUCAGCUUUCGUGGUGGACCCAGUAGACGCACCAGUUCAAGAACUACUUGCAGCACACAAACUCCCACGCCUAGUUUAGUGCUAGGUGCAUGGAUAUUACAAAUUGUCUCCUGGGAUUGA